AUGGGUCGCAGACCCAACCAAUUGAUCCUCGAAUACUUUGAACGCGGCCCCAAGCUCGAAGAUGCCAGCAAUCGCUACCAGCACACGUGCAAGUCGUGCGGCGAAAAGGUGUGUGUGACCCCGCAUCGCGAAAAGUAUUACGGUGAAAGUGAGGAUGCAAGUGAAGAGCGAAGACGACUGACAUGGAAGCAGUUCCCCAAGGGCCGCAUCGAUAGCCUCACGAACCACCUCGUGAAGAAAUGUCCGGCCCUGCCCCUCCGCGACCGCCAGCGUGCGCUGCUGCAAUUCCAUGAGCUGCCCCUCCCCGACAAUAUGGCGCAAACGAGCACCGCAAACGCUCCGGCUCACGUGCAAGGCGGCCCCAAGAUGAAUCUGCCGUUUGCGCCCUCAAAGCAGCUCUCGGCGCUCGAGACACUCGCUGAGGUCUCGAGGCAGCAUCUCGAUCUUUCUGGACAGCGCAUGCCGGACAAGCAGCCAGCCCAGAACAAUAACAAUAACCAUAUCAACCAUGCAGGGCUACUGGACGAGUUCCUGAUAGACGACCGCUCCGACGCUGCUGACCUGGGAUCCAUGUCGCAAGCUAUGGAUAUGUCAAAUGCACCUACCAUGUCGACCAUGUACCAGUUCAAUGGUCCGCUGCACCACUCGCCCACGACGUCACCCCACAUGGGCCACAUGCCGCUCUCGAGCUCGGGGUCCAUGAACCAGAUGGUUCCCUCUCUGGUCAUGGCAGCGUCGGCAGCAAACGAUCUCAUGCCCCUGGCCAACGGUAUGCACAUGGAGUCGGAGCUCGGUCUGACAGGCAAUGGCAUGAAUGGUUUGUCUGAUAAGUUCUUCCAGAGCCAAAGUCGAGGGCAAUGGCCAAAUCUGCAGCCGAGCUCACUAGACCCGCUCUUACAAGACCACACCAAGGAUGACCAGCUCAAUAAGACAAUGGCCCAUCCCCGUCCAAUUGCAAUGAAUCCGAAUCCGCAGACACACUUUACCACAGACUUUAGUGUCAACCAGAAGGUGACAAAGCCCAAGGUGCGCGGUCGCUUUUCCGAUACGAGGCGCAAGGAAGUGCAAGAGGUACGAAAGCGAGGUGCAUGCAUUCGUUGUCGCAUGCUCAAGAAGCCUUGCUCAGAAGGGAACCCAUGCAACACGUGCCAAAACGUCGAAAGUGCACGCCUUUGGAAACAGCCAUGCAUCCGAACACGGAUCGCAGAGGAGUUCGGUCUCUACACUGCUGGCUUGCAUACCACAUUGGCUCAUCAUGCCGUCUAUCAAGCACGAGGGCUGAUACGGUUGAACCAAACACCUGGCCGCAUCGAGGCUACCCACCAUCCUGGGUCUGGACACUACGCCACCUUCACUCCUUUGAAGUGCCAGCAGUCCUCAUCAGCUCAGAACACGGAGAUCGACCCUGCCAUAUUUGCGGCCAUGAAUUCACCCGAUCUCGAGCUCAUCGACACCGAUGAUGACAUUAGCGAUGGGUUCCGACCCUUCUUUGAUAUCGAGGACUCGGCUUUCAUGAAGACUACCAUACAGACGGCUUUGAGCUUGACAUCGAACCAAGAUCUGUUACUGCCCAAAGUACUGGAGCUCUGGAACUUCACUCGUAUACUCACAUCACGGACCCUUGAGUGGCAGUUUUUCUCCAACCCAUCUCUUGCACCAAUGGCAACCUCGCCAACAAUGUCUGAGACAGACAUUGAAGAUCCUGCACGCACUUCCAUUACAGCACUUAAUCAUCCGUCCUCGUACAACAUCAUCAAGAUGCAACUCAUGGGUGCCACGGAAAAGCGCGCCGCCUGUUUGGCUCGAGUCGUCAUGAAUGACCUUGAGCGCCGUUUGCUUCAGCGCCAACAAGCGAACCCGUUUGAAACUUUUCUGGUCGCUGUCAUCCUACUCGCCUGCGUUGAACGCAUGUGCUGGCUGUUCCAGACCUGGCAGACGCAACCGUCUAGCACAGACACCACUAGUGAGAAUGCACAGCAAGAAACAUCUACUGAGGAUGACCUUGCUACAGCCUUGCAAGCUGGGCCAACUGUCCCUCACGACACCCCCCAAGCCCCAGCCCGUCACCCAAGGUGGCCUCUGGACAAGACUCCGGCCGUCUACUCACAGCAAGGAGAGCGGUUCAGCGAUAUUCUAAACAUGCUUUUGAAGAUGCGUGGAGUUCCACCCAAGCCAACCCCGCGCAACACGGACGGCAUGUUGGUAGUGUGGGCGGACGACGCCGAUGAAAAGGUCAAGGACUGGUACGAUGGUAUCGCAGUGACGAUUCAGGUGCUAGACGAAAAGGCCAAUGCCCGCUUUGUUGGCGAGGAUCCGCGCGAGUGGGAGUUGAAGUAUGUUGGCAAAAUUAUCCGGGGUGACUGA